ACAGAAAUAUUUAUUGUACAGAAAAAUUAUAAAAAGAGUUCUUAAAAUAAAAAACAAAAAUCGUUUAAAAGAUUAGAAUAAAAUAAAGAAAAUAGACAGACAUGAAAUCACAACAACUAAAAAGUGUCAAAAUAAGGCAGACGAAGAAAUUCUUGUGUUUAGGUGUAAUUGGUUUGGCUUUAAUCCUACUACUGGUAGUGUAUGCCUCAACUGCUGCCACCAAUGAGAAAGACAUGGCUCCAUGUAUAUUCUGUGAUAUUGUGGCCGGAAAGUCGCCCAAUACCAAAUUGGAAGUAGAAACCGAUGAAUAUGUGAUAUUUAAAGAUAUUAAACCAGCCUCAACUUAUCAUUAUCUCUGUGUAACGAAACGGCAUAUAGAAAGUUUAAAGGUCAUGACCAAAGAAGAUAUACCAUUAGUCAAUCGCAUGGAGGAAGGUUUAAAGGGUUUCUUCAAAUCGCAGGAUAUUGAUUUAAAUGAUGCAUUAUUUGGCUUCCACAUGCCUCCCUUUAUAAGUGUCAAACAUUUGCAUAUGCAUGGUAUAGCACCACGUUCUAAUAUGUCUUGGACUAAUAGUUUUAUGUUUAAACCUUCUUCAUAUUGGUUUAAAACGGUUGAGGACGCUAGACAGUAUUUGCAGAAUAAAUCUUAAAAUUUUGCCACUUCUAUUUAGUGUUUUUUAACUAAAUUUAUAAAAUCAUUGCAAUUUAUUCAAUUAUUGGUUUUAGGUACAAAUUUAUAAUAAAUUAGCCAUAUUUUUUCACUCAUAC